AUGCACUGCACACUGAACAGUGAAAAAGGUUGCUACGUGGACAAACAGUGGCAAACUAUUCGACCGGGUGAUUUUGUCCGCCUACACACGAACGAGAUGAUCCCGGCCGAUGUGCUCCUGUUGCACUCGUCCAAUGUGGCCGGAAUUUGUCACAUCGAGACGGCCAAUUUGGACGGGGAAUCGAAUUUGAAACAACGUGAGGUGAUCGAACGACAUGCGUGCAAGGUUAGUUCGUCUGUGCUGUUGCAUGCUUUGUUCAUCCCAUGA